GGGGUGUGCAAGACACGUACUGCACACUUAUGUGACCUGCAAGAUCACGCAGCUUGGCUAAAAACCAUGGCGAUGGCGGCGUUGGUGGUGCUCUCUCUCCUGCUCCUUCCGACCGGGGAGGCGCAGGAGAGGCGCCCGGUGGAGGCGCACCCGCACGGGCUGCCGUUCGAGAGCCCGCUGGCACUGUCGCCAGCGGCGUACGAGUUCUUCCACCCCAGUGAGCGCGCCCGGCGCGUGGACGGCGCCCCCGAGCUCGCGCCGCGCGGGCAGCCGAGGGGGUCGGUCGUCCGGGGCGCCGGCGCGUCCGCGGCGAGCGUGGCGAGGGCUGACCAGGAGGAAGGGGGCGUGGCGCCCGUCAACACGACUCGGCAAGGUGGAGCUGUCCGUGCGGGCGUGGUGGCCGGCGUGUUCGUCGGGGCCGCGGUGGUGGUCUUGGCAGCUCUCGGGCUAGCGUACGCGGUGGCGCGGCGCCGCGUGGGCGUCGCGCAAGGUGACGCUGAGACGGCUAGCGCGCACAAGUCGAAUGCUUAAUGGGAUGGAUUAGGGGAUGGUAGAAGCAGUAGCUUUGCGUGGGCCUAGAGAGUUAGGCCAUAGAGGCGGGCUGGUAGUGUGUAAAUUAUCCAUGUUUCAUCAUCGAGGGACGGAGAAAAUGGUUAGCAUGCACGCGCCUCCACUGUGUGAGCCUACGAGGAAACCCAUUUCCUUGCUCGAUCGUGCGGUGAACAAUCAUCACGUAGUAAUAUAUAAACCUCAGAGAACACUUUUGUUCGAGUGAAA